AUGUUCACGGGUAAGUCAGCGUCGGUGGUUGCGCCAGUCCUGGGCGGAGUUUGUUACGACAUGAGGCCUGGGGCGUUGGGAGCGCACUGGGUGGACGAGACGGUACUUGGGACGAGGGCCAGUCUGGACGUGGCCUCGAGCCCGGCCAGGCUGCGGCUGACGGAUAUCAAAGCUGCUGACGCCGGACUCUACAAGUGCCGGGUGGACUUCAGGCGUCAGCCCACCAAAACGACCCGCGUCAGUCUCGCCGUCAUCGAGAACGUGUCCCUUACGCCUUUGUCCUCCUCCACAGUCCCGCCCACUGGAGUCUCCGUGUUGUACGAGGGUCGGCCUGUAACAAGCGUGGUGGGGCCGUAUAGGGAGGGAGAGACGGCGUCACUCACUUGCUUAUCUCAUGGAGGAUCUCCGCCUCCUCGCAUCCAGUGGUUCGUGGGUGACCGGCUCCUCGACGACCAAAUGGAUGAAGAAUCACAGUUCCACAUAGGGGACGGUAAUACGCUCCUUCAAGGGCCCGCCUCCCAAACCAUCCUCGCAAAUACGCUCACUCUAGGGCCCUUUAAACGCAGCGAUCUGAAGAAACUUGUGACGUGUGAAGUUAGCAAUACCAACUUGACCAACCCGCUUUCGGCCGCCGUCAUGAUCGACAUGAACUUGAAGCCAUUGAGUGUGCAGCUGCUUGGGCCCGAAGAACCAUUAAGUGCAGACAAGGACUAUGAUCUGGUGUGCGAUGUCAGGGGUUCACGCCCGCCGCCCACGAUCACAUGGUGGAAGGGAACGACGCGGGUCCAGGGCGCUCGGGAAACGACGACCAACGAUGGCAAUAUGACCACCUCCACCCUCACCCUCACCCCCCGCCCCCCCGACGACGGCACGACGGUCACCUGUCGCGCCAAGAACCCGGCCACCAACACGGUCAUCGAGCAGUCUCUCGCCCUCGUCGUCUACUACGUGCCCGAGGCUGUGAUUUCCCUCGGUUCGUCCUUGAACCCCGAGGGCAUCAAGGAGAAGGACGACGUCUACUUCGAGUGCUCCAUCCAAGCUAAUCCUCGAGCCUACAAAGUCACUUGGCAGCACAACGGACGUCCCUUGCAACACAACAUCACUUCGGGGAUCAUCGUGAGCAACCAGAGUCUCGUCCUUCAGAGAGUCACCCGCCGCCACGCUGGAGACUAUUCGUGCACAGCCUCCAAUAUCGAAGGAGAUGGCAUUUCAAAUCUCAUUAAGCUGGAUAUCAAGUACGCCCCUGUGUGCGCGCCAGGUCAGAUCACCACCUACGGCGUGGCGAGGCUCGAAGACGCCGAAGUAACGUGUCGAGUAGCGGCCAAUCCUGAGGCUCAAGGCUUCAAGUGGACCUUCAACAACACGGCCGACACGAUCGACGUGCCCCCGGGGCGGUUCACCACGGCGUCCACUUUCAGCAUUAUUACGUACACGCCCAUGACGGAACUGGACUACGGGACGCUUCUCUGCUGGGCCAAGAACGCCAUCGGGAAGCAGGUCCGGCCCUGUGUCUUCCAUAUCGUCCCUGCAGGCAAGCCGGAUCCUCCCGCCAACUGCACCGUCACCAACCAGACGUCCAUCUCAUUCAGCGUCGCCUGCCAGGCCGGGUUCGACGGCGGCCUUCGACAGAUAUUUGUCCUCCGGGUGGCAAGACCCGGUACGCAGGGGCACAACCACACAGCGGGCCAGCCACUAUUUCAGGUGAGCCAGCUGCAGCCAGACACGACCUACAGGCUACAGAUCUGGGCUGUCAAUGACAAAGGAGCGAGCCCUUUCGUCCACCUGCGGGCCUUCACCACGCAUCCGCCGACGCACACAGACCAUGUGGUGGCGGAGGUACGUGAGGAGACAGGCACUGACAACGGCGGUGUCAACACAGGUGGAGGUACAAGCAAAGGCGGCAACGGAGGGGGCGUUGGCAACACUGACUCCAGUAUCAGCCUGCUACCCGAAGAUGUGGGCGACGUUCCCAUCUUGGUCUCAGCUGUGGUGGGCGCUUCCGUGGGCAUCGUGUUGCUGCUCCUCCUGCUGGGGCUGUUACUGCGUCAGCGCGUGCGACGCCCCCAGCCGCCCCCCACGCCCCAGGCCAGCCACAGCGUGCAGGUCAAAUCCCCGGUCCCGAUCCUGAAGCGAGAGACCCACACUUGCCCUGAAAGAGAGAUGCAGGUGGAGAGCGAGAGCGACGCGGACCCCGACCUCAUACCACAGCAGCUGCCCAGCUCUGCCCUCUCACCAUCUGGCCCCCUCCUCAGACCGCCUGCUAAUUAUGGGGGCGGAGACACCUCCUUCUGCGAGGUCGUGCCCCAUGGAGUGGUUGGGGGAGGGGGAGUGUUGGGAGGACCGCGGGGGGUGCACCACCAGUUGAUGCCGGCCUACCCCCACCAGCCUGCCGUGAGCAGUUCUACCUCAACGCCGCACCACCACCACAGUCACCUCCUGCCGCAGCCACAGCACGCUUACCAGCACGACCCGACGAAUGAUCCUCGUUACGCCCACCUUGACCUCGAGCACGGGAGUCAUCACGAAGCCGCCGCAGCUGCACAACGGUCAAGGGUCGUCCCGACGGUGUACGCGACGUUAGACACGCGGCACGCCCACUCGCGAGCCCAUGUGACCUUUGACCUUAGACAGGCUCACAGCCAAGCGAGUCUCGACAUGGCGCGGUCACACGAGCUUCCGUCUUGCUCACAGCGGGGACGCGCCCUUAGUCGUGACAUGACUCCUCAUACACACGAGUCCACCACACACGACCUAAGCUACGGCCACCAGAGGUCACCACAGCCUCAUGACCCAGGCCGACCUCUUCUGGACGAUGACGCUACGCCUGACACGCCCUUGGUCGGCAAGAGAGAAAGUUCAGUAUGAUACGGGGAAGCCGAAUAGUGAGCGAGGUAAAAAGUCGUCGGAUUUCGACUUCACCUCGACUGACUCUCCCGCCAACAGGGAAAUGCCUCCUUGAGUUUGACCUUCGUGGAAAGCUUUCAUAUAUGAUGGAAACAUAUAUUAAAAAGUAAAUAAGUAGAUAAAAAGGAACUCUUCUGAGCCACAUGAGAGCCAGAGACUCUUAAAGAAGGGAAAAAAUGAUUUUAUAAACUCGUAUGUUUGAGAGCGCUGAACAUGUGGUUUUAUUUCGACAGGGGAUGAAAGAACUCUGCUGUUAUAUUGCCGCAGUUCAUUUGGAAACGAAAAUUAUGCGCCAAGUGCCAGCCUACAUGGACAGGAAAAAGACUUGCAGCAUAUGACAAUGAAUUCCUUUUGUAGUAAAAAAGGGAAUGUGACACUACGCGAAAACAGUCGAGCGGAAUUUGGUGUCGCUUAUAUUCGUUCUGUGAUUUCCGUUCGAUUACAGCAAAUCAAAUAGUUUUGUCUUGUGUUUGUUUUCAUUUCUUUCCCCUGGAAUAAGUAUAAGGAACGGGGAAAAGUGCAUGUUGAUUAGAAUGGGCUGUAUCGAGGUUUAUCUAUUAUUGAAUACACAUGUUACAUUAUUGAGUGUGUAAUAUUGCAGGAAUUUUGUAUUAAGGCGUGCAGUAUUUUCUCAUUUGCUAUGGGGGAAAUUGAAGAAAUAUGUUGUCAGUGCGUGGAUAACAAAGAGGAACACGUAAAAGUAUUCAAAUCUACACAUAAACAUAUAUACAUACUUACACAUGUCCUCGCGUGUAUUCUCACAGAUGCAGCAUGAGAGAUUGGAAUUUAUCAAUACCCAUUUCCCGCUGCUGAGUUUCGCCCUUUAACGGAGGAGAAGUGAAAGGGUUUUACAGCACUCGAAUCAGAUUCUACAGAGAUAAAAAAAUAAGGGAUUACAGCGCGAAGGAUAUACAUAGUGUACACUGGAUAUUAUUUGCGUUAUUGUUCAAGUUACAUAUUUUGUUUUUAUUUGUCUUUCGUCAAAUGUCAGCAAUGUUUUACAAACACAAAUCUGUGUAUCUGUUUUAAGUACGUUUUGUUCUUUUAUGGCAUUGGACAUGGAUCAUACACAAUGCAUCUUUAAGGAAUCUGUUUUAUUCUUAACAGUCUUAUUAACAUCGCAUGGCAACCUCCAUUCAGUGUCCUUAUGAUUAUCAUGGUUAUUAGCAAAAAUAUAAAUCAACGGAGAAAAAGAAAAAAACCUCCGGGUGAUUUAAAUAUAAAUCUUUCAUCCUCGGAAAUACAGAAGAUCAAUCCAAAUCGACAAUCAAUCAUCAAUCUUAAUUACAAAGAAAGAUAAAAAAAAAAAAAAAAAAAAAACGAAUACAUUAAAAUCGUUCGGAUAUGUGCAAUAUAUUUCGAAACGACUAACGUAUUUUCGAUAUUAGCCACGCUAAGAGGUAAAACAUGAAAAUAGAAAGUGUGAUAUUUUACCAAAAUCUGAUUUAAUUUUGUGUUUAGGAAAAGUAAUGGAAAUCUCAGGAAUAUUAGGAGAAUUAAAUUAUUAUCAUAUUUUUUUUUUUUUUUUUUCUUAGGAAUAUUAAAUUUAAGCACAAUUCUAUUCUGCACACCAGUCCCUGAAAGAACACACACAAUGCUGCAUAAAUUGUCAUAAGUGUAUUCUUAUUAUUGUUGUUAUUAUCAUGCUUAUUAUUAUUAUCAUUAUUAUUAUUAUUAUAAUUUUUGUUAUUAUUAUUAUUGUUAUCAUAACUAUUUUCA